AUGGGAAAUCAGUGUGAAAUCAACUGCGCCCUACUCUCUGAAGGUCGUAGGUGGGUGCGACGACAUUGCCUUUUCUGGAGGGUAUAUUACAUAGACAGUGGGCAUGUUAGCAAGCAUUUGUAAUAGUGUGCUGAACAGUGUGUUAACAUGGUAUUUAGGUUGGCAGGUUAAGUGUGUGGGUAACACAUUGUUACAGAGUACUUACAACUGUUUGAGGUUUACACAAUUUCAGAGAUUAUGCUAAUAAACUCAAGUGUGAUGAUUAUUUUUUGACAACUGUUGACCGUAUGCGUUUAUUCCAUGUUCAGAGGUCAGAGCUCCUCGACUUUCUCUUUCCAGGUCAGAGCGCCAUCGACUUCCUGUUUGACUUUGUGGAGGUGUCCCAGGGUCCUCAUCCAGGCUUUGCUGUUUUAGAGUCCCGUCCUCAAGCUGGUGAGACAGGAUUUAAAGAAACAGUUUGAGCACAGUGAUACAGGGUGGAUAUUUACAGGGGGCACCAAAAUGCUGUCUAUGUCUGUCAGUUCCUCCAUCGUGGUUCCUAACACUGACAUUGAUUUAACAUUCGUAACUUUUUUUGGGGUUCUUUACUGACAGGUUUCUAGCCCAGCAUUUAAGUAUAAUGUGAUUAGCUACUUAUACAUUGGCUACCUCCUAACCUCCACAUUUCUCCGCCCCAGGUGGCAACGCCACAUUGCUGGUGUCGGUGACGGGGAGUGACUCUGUGAGGCUGAGGGAGGUGGCCCUGGUCGAGGCCUCGGGGUCAGGGGAGGUCAAUGGAACCUUGGAAUCAGUCGGCAGUGGGGACUUCCUGGUUACCAUGGACAGAAUCCCAGCGGGGGAGUUUGUUGUGCGUCUGAGAGGAGAGAACAGUGCCACCACCAGGGCAUCACCAGACAGCUUCCAGAGACAAUCCUCCACCCGCCUCAGAGCCUCCACUGUUAUGGUGACGGUGAGUGCCAAGGUCAAAGGUGAAGAAUCAGAGUUGUUGAAGUUGCCCCUUGACAUUGGGUCUGGUAAUUUUCUAAUUUUACCCUGUGAUGGUUAGUGUUUGGGAGGUAUCCUGGGGAAACUUGUAGCCUACCAAUCUUGAGUAGUGAGUACACAGAGCUCCAUAUUCAGAUAAAUGAAUGACUACAGUAGGCAGAACGUUCUGCUGUGUUCUGUCUGGUUCAGGCUGAGGCAGAACGUUCUAUUGUGUUCUGUCUGGUUUCAGGCUGAGGCAGAACGUUCUAUUGUGUUCUGUCUGGUUUCAGGCUGAGGCAGAACGUUUUGUUGUGUUCUGUCUGGUUUCAGGCUGAGGCAGAAUGUUCUGUUGUGUUCUGUCUGGUUUCAGGCUGAGGCAGAAUAUUCUGUUGUGUUCUGUCUGGUUUCAGGCUGAGGCAGAAUGUUCUGUUGUGUUCUGUCUGGUUUCUGGCUGAGGCAGAAUAUUAUGUUGUGUUCUGUCUGGUUUCUGGCUGAGGCAGAAUAUUAUGUUGUGUUCUGUCUGGUUUCAGGCUGAGGCAGAACGUGACCUGGAGCCUGGAAUACCCUUUUCACUGCUGUUCACGGUGACAACCAACGGGACAGGCGGAUCCUUCACCAUCCGGGCCACAAACGACCGGGGGUUCAAAUCCUCUUCCCCUACAAACCUGAAGCUAGUGACCGGGGUCAGUGCCAACGGCACAGUGACCCUCACGGCGCCCGCCAACACCGCGUCGGGCACGGACGUCACCCUGACCAUCGAGGCUGAGUCUCCCGGGGCCACCGACACCAACUACGCUGUCCUGCGCCUGUCCGUCGUUUCACCGGUAACUCUGAGGAACACAGGGUGUUUCGUUUAUGUGUUGGUCUUUUCUCUGUUCUUGGUGUAGUGGUAGAAAUUAAAGUAGCCUGGUCGCAGAUCUGUUUGUGCCAACAUUCCACUCCUUGUCAUGACAAGGAGUAGCAAGGAGUGGAAUGAUAGCACAAACAGAUUGUUACCCAGGCUAUAAUUACAGCAGGGAUUAAUAGGAAAAGUCAUUGUCACCGCACUCAUGUCUUUCCUCCAGGGUUAACGUUGUAAUUGUUUGUAAUGUAUUUUUAGAUCUGUGUCGGACUCCAGUUAGACUAGCUGGUGUCAUGGCGUCAGCUAAUGGGGAUCCUAAUCAUUUUUUAAAAUUAUUUCCCCUCCCCUGCAGGUGACAGAUUUCACCCGUCCGGUGUGCAAGGUGGUCAGCGUAACGGCUAAUUGUUCUGACGACUGCAGCCUGUCCAUGUGGGAGCUCUAUGCCAACCUGACGGAUGGCAACGGGACGGGCAUCGAGCGCGUCACCCUGCGCCAGGGCAACGGAACACUCAACACCAGCACGGUGGCGGGCGCGGGAAAUUGGACCGUGACUCUGGCAGCCUACAGCGCCUCCUGCUGUUCCCCGGAGGUAGAACUGGUGGCGGUGGACGGCGCGGGGAACGUGGGAACCUGUUUCAGGUCCAUCAGAGUGACAGUGGAUACCACUGUCCAGCCACCAGUCACCAAUGUCACCAGUGUCACCAGUGCUAUCAGUGUCACCAGUGUCACCAGUGCUAUUACUCAGAACAGCAUCACCAAGACUACAGCUAAGGUUGGCACCACCGCGAGCAGGGGCCAUAUUCUAUCCGUCUCUUCCUAUCUCUGUUUCAUCAUGUUGGUCUCUGUCACAGUCGUUUUGAGCCGCUAG